GAAUAAUGAAAAGCAGCGGAGCUUAUAAAUUAAUAACCGAUCAUAAUUAAAGAGUCAAUUAUUAUCAAUCGGGAAAACGAUUGCACUUUUAUGAUUAAUAGUCGACGUAACGACGUGACUCCCCGGCUACGAGAAGAGUUACGCGUGAUUACUCCCGCGGUUUCGUGGAUUGCUGAUCGCCGAUUAAUUAUACAUUAUCGAUCGUCCGCCGAUCGGAGCCCAGGUCUAGUCUCUGUCGCCGUCACUGAAUCGGGUGUUUCUAGCUCAUUGUUGAUUGCAGCGUGAAACAUAAUCGUUCGCUCACAGCUGCUCGACGGCGCGUUUUACGGGGACGCGUCGCGAGGUGCACCGACACCGCGGGUUCGCGGUCGCUGGGAGUACGUGAUAACAUCUGGGCGAUGGCCCUCGUGAUAACUUCGCCUACUUAGUGUACUUACGCUCCGAGAGUAACCAUGGCAUAUCGUACGGAAAUUUCGAUUUAUCGAGAACUGGAUUAUCAUCAGUAACGAAUCGUCGUGGGGUAAAAAAAAAGAAAGAGACAGAGAGAGAAGGAGAGAUCAUGAAAUUGGACGUUAGUCGUUUAGAUUAAAAUGACACUUUAAAUACGCAAUUAUCUGACUUAUGGCGUCGAUGUGGGAAAACUAAUUGUUCGAUCCCUAUCGUGAUGCUUUCCCGUAGACAGCGUGCGAUCCAAAUCUGAGGUGACCACGAAUCCGACGCGAUGGCAACGAACGUGAUAGCGUCUCUGACCAGGAGAGCUGCACCGCAGCUGAAUUAUUUAUGUCGUCGCCAAUCCACCGCAAGCACAUGCACCACGUACGACCUGGUGAUCGUGGGGGGUGGCAUCGUCGGCUGCGCGACCGCCCGCGAGAUGAUCAUGCGGCAUCCGAAAAUGAAAAUGGCAAUCGUGGAAAAGGAGAACGAGCUAGCAAAGCAUCAAACAGGCCACAACAGUGGCGUGGUACACGCCGGCAUCUAUUACACUCCUGGAAGCAUGAAGGCGAAACUUUGCGUGGAAGGUCUGAAACUAUCGUACGAGUACUUUUGCAAGAAUAACAUACCUCAUAAGAAAAUCGGCAAGCUGAUUGUCGCCCAUAAUCCGGUUCAAGUCAAGAGGAUAGACGACCUCUUCGAUAGAGGGACGAAGAACAAAGUGCCCGAUUUACAGAUUGUUGAGAAAGACUGCAUUUCAAAAUACGAACCCAAAUGCAAGGGAGAAAAGGCUUUGUGGUCGCCGUGGACUGGCAUAGUGGACUGGGCGGUUGUGUGUAAAGCUUUUGCCGAGGACUUUCGGAAAUUGGGAGGCGAGAUUUUUCUCAAUUUCGAAGUAACCGGAUUCGCGGAGAUGGCGGAAUCGAAAGGGAAGGGUCAACUAACCCCCAUGGCCGUUCACUCGAAAAAUCGAUGCAUACCAACGAAAUACGCGCUGACAUGCGCUGGUCUACAUUCAGAUCGACUGGCGGUGAUGACGGGCUGCGAUGCGAGUCCGCGAAUAAUACCGUUUCGCGGCGAGUAUUUUCUGCUGAACGAUAGCAAACGGCAUCUCUGCACGACCAAUAUGUAUCCGGUGCCUGACCCGAGAUUCCCAUUCCUGGGCGUGCACUUUACACCCAGAAUGACCGGCGAGAUCUGGCUGGGUCCCAACGCUGUUCUCGCGUUCGCUAGAGAAGGCUAUAGUUGGCUUGAUAUAAACGUAAGAGACUGCAUAGAGAUGGCAAAAUUCCCUGGUUUAUACAAACUGUGCAUCCGAUACUUCGUACCCGGCAGCAUGGAGGUGAUAAAAUCAAUUUUUCCUCCGUUGGCGGUGAAGGAUCUUCAGAAAUUUGUUCCCGAAGUUACGUACCAAGAUGUUAAAAGAGGACCAUCAGGUGUAAGAGCACAGGCAGUGGAUAAAGACGGCAAGCUAGUCGACGACUUUGUUUUCGACGGAGGCACCGGUACGAUCGGAAGCAGAGUGUUGCACUGCCGAAACGCGCCGUCACCAGCUGCAACCAGUUGUAUGGCGAUAGCAAAAUUUAUUGCCGAUAAACUCGACCGCGACUUUAAAUUUUAAUAUGCAUUGAUAUAUAAAACGUGAAGUUCAACAAGCGUUGAAAAACGACGGUUGCCAAAGAAAAUGCAGAUAUUUUCCACGUGUUUUCCACAUAAUUUUUGUUAUUGAACAAUUUAGUAUCUCGAAAAAUAUAUAUUUGUGUAUAUCGAUUUAUAUACAUUAACGUUUUAAUUGUUAUAGUAAUAAAUAUUUAAGAAACAACUUGUUGACGUGAGAUAAUGGCAAAAAGGAUCAUUAUGUACAAAAUUCUAUGCUCUUUUUAGCAUUAAAGUGCCUAAAAAAUGUAUGCGUGUUGCUACAAAUACUGAUGAAUACACCCGAUUGGCGUUAAAUGUCUGUUACGCGUUUCGUGUUAAAAGUUAUAAUUUAUACUGUAACUAAAUUACCUAAUAAAUUAUUUUCUAAUACGGA